AUGGUUCAACCAAAACACAUUUUACAAAAUAUACUUGAAGGUCUUUUUGGAACAAUUCGAGAACUGGGUGAAGAUUCUUCAAUACAAAUACUGAAAUCCUAUGGUUAUGCAUUAAAUAAAUAUCAAAUUACAGUAUUAGUUUCAUCUGAAAUAAAAAGUUUUAAUUAUGGAAAUGCUAGUUGCAAUAGACAUGAAAUUAAUAAUCUAUUCAUGGGUAAAAUCAAAAUUCCAUUAGAGGCGUAUAAUGAAAAUGUCAAACAGGAAAAUAAUAAUGUUUUGUAUCUUCAAAGUGAAUGGAAUAAUCUUAUAAAAACUAUUCUUUAUCAAGAUUCUAUUGAUAAAUUAUUAGAAAAAUGA